AGUCUCUUAAUAUAGUCAAGUGAGGGGUAUAUAUAGGGUACACAUAGAGCCCUGACUUCAGACCAACUUCUGAACGACUGUCUAGGAAGGUACUCUACAUCAAGAGACAAACAACCAGACAGACUGAGCAACUGCAAUUUUCAAGACAAGCACCUUGGUAAAGAAGCGAUUCUGAAGACCUCUGAUUGUGCUGAACAUUGAGAAUUAGUGUGGAAUUUCUCAUCCAAUCUUAGGAAGAAAAACAUUAAAGAAUGAAGUACUAUCAGUGUCCAGUCACCCAGACCAUGUGCUAUGAGGGGUGCAUACCAGAUGCCACUAGACCAGUAUCAUGCUUUCAUUCACGGCCUUCCAUCAAACCUGUUCGCAAUGUUCACUUUCCCAACGACGUAGUUUUUCAGGAUUAUGUCCGUCAAGGAGAGCUGGAGAGAAUUGGACGCUUCAUUAGAACCAAUAGAGUGAGUCUGGACACCAUCUAUCAUUCAGGCAUGGCAGCCAUUCAUGAAGCAGUCCUAUCUGGAAACCUGGAGUGUGUGAAGCUUCUGGUAAAACUUGGGGCUGACAUCACCCAGAGGGACGAGGACGGAUGGACUGCCCUCCAUAUGGCCUGUAGUGAUGGCUUUCCAGAAAUAGCUAAGUACUUGCUUUCUUUGGGUGCAGACACUGAGGCUGAAAAUGACUGUGGGGAGAAGCCUGCUGACCUCAUUGACCCAGACAGCAAAGAGCUGCUUGAACUCUUCGGGGUCGGUGGUGACUGAUCUUGCCUGACACUGAAGUUCUGAUUGCUGAUUCUUUUAUGGCAGUUGCCACGUUAAAGGGAUAAAGCCAACAGAGGUGUGGAACUGGCACUGUGUAUGCAGUGGAUGUGGUAGUUGA